AUGGAGGAAAUCCGAGGUCCUACCAUGGAGGACUUGCAUCGAUGGAAAGGAAGACAGGGUCCCAAGCUCAGGGGGCUGCUUGGAGCCCAGGAGGGCCAGCACCCUCCUGUCAGGGAGAGCUAUUCCCUGGAGCAUUACCAGCGCUUGAGGAGGUUUGAGGCGAGGGCUGAGUUCCAGACGAGGGACAAAGUGCGCUGCAUUGAUGCCCACUCUCGCAACGACGCGCGCUGCGUCGCCUGCAAAACCUGCCACUUCUGCAGGCAGAAAACGAUAGAGCAGAAGACGUGGUGCCCCUGUGAGCAUGGGGUCAACGGCCGCCGCGGCACCGGGCGAGGGAUCUGGUGUGGCAACUGCCUCUGGCUGCGCAUGGGGCAGAACCUGAACGAGGUGCUGCCAUUGUGUGAGGAGGGUGUGUGGCGCUGUCCCUCCUGCCUGGAUCUGUGCAACUGCAGCGGGCGGUCAUGCUCACGCUUCCAGAAAGGCUUGGAACCCACCGAGCAGCUGCACAGCGAAGCCGUGCGCCAGGGCUUCAAAUCGGCGGCCCACUACCUGGUGGAGACGCUGCUGAGCGAGGAGGCGGUCACUGCAGCCAUCGGGUCGGUGUACGAGGGCAGGAGCCUCAAGCGCGCGCGGCCAGACGAGCUCCCUGAAGGCCCCCACCAAGCUGCCCGCCGCGGCGCCAGAAACCACAAGGAGCGGGUGCAGCAGCGCGCAAAGCAGAAGCUGGAGCAGCAGCUGGCGCUCAUGCACGAGGCGUUUGCCACCCUGCAGCAGCUGAGCGUGCCCCUGGACAGGAUGGCCGAGAGCGCAGGCCCCGUGGCCCUUGAUGCGGAUGAAGCAGAUGAGUCUGAGGACGAGGCCGGCGCUGCCUUUGACAGCCCUCUGGGACGAGGUGCGGCUCAGAGGCGGGAGCCGGUCAUGGCUGCGGCCGGCAGCGCGGCAGCCAGUGUGCUGGACACCUCGCCUGCCAGCGUGACCGCCGCGGGACUCUUCAAUUCAGGUGACCGACGCCCGCGCAAGCGGCAGCGGCGUGAUGCCGGCACCUGCGAGCAGCCUGGCGAUGCGGGCAUGGAUUUUCACGAUGUGGCAGGAGAUGUGCCUCCAGGCGGACAGUGGGACGGCGCACAUGGCGGUCUGGGAGGUGGUGAGCGUGGGAUGCCAGCACAGCAGGGCUCUCUAGCAGCUGCUGUUAGGCGGGCGCCCCCAGUGCAGCAGCGCCAAUUGGCCCAAGAACAACCGCAGGACAUCGAUGAUGACUUUGCACUUAUGCACAUGCACAGGGAAGCAGCAGGGAUCCAGCAAUGGAGGUCCCCACUGGAGAAGGAAGGAGGCGGGAGCGUGGCAGAGGCAGGCCAGAAUCAUGACAGAUGGACAGGCGACAAGAAGCAGCAGUUCACGCUGGGCGCGCUGCGUGAAGUGCUCAAGGUGCUUCUGACGGCCGCGCGCGUUCUGCCGGAGGACGAGGUCCCAUACACAGUUGCGCGGCGGCUGUUCGGCCUGGAGCACUUUGUGGACUUUGAGGCGAGCGACCCCGCCACCCGCAGCCACCUGCUCAGUGCGGCCUUUGAGCUGCUGGACGUUGCAUGGCAGCGCAGCAUCCCGCUCGGGGAGAUCACAUCGGGCAUCAUGGGUUUCCUGGAGGUGCUGGCCAAGGAGCAUGAAGCGCUGGAUGAGUGGAAGCAGAAUGCAACCACCCAUUACAUAGACAGGGACUCCUUCUGCAUCGGGCCGUUCAAGCAGGAUCCCCCCUGGACGGAUGACAACAAGGUGGAGGCUGAAGCUCUGCUGGAGCUUGGAGAGAAGAGCAACGAGCUGCUGCUGAAGACAGCGCUGGACCGCAUAGCCUUGGCCAUGCUGGGUCCGGGGCUCAGCGAGUACCCCUCACAGGAGCACCUGGCCCUCCUGGGGGAUCCAGUCAUGUGCUUGCUGGAUGACAGCGCCAGAAUAGCCGCCCCUAGGGACAUGGACGACGAGUUUGUGGAUCUGCUAAUGCUGCGCAAGGCACUUGGCCAGCGGCUGCGGGACGCGCGGCUGCUGCAGCGGCUGGAGGCGGCCGUCGCGCACCGAUAUCCGCAGCGCGGCGCCGGCCGGGACAUCGGCGCCGCACUCGCCGCUGCGCCGCUCCCCGGCGAACGUAACAUCUCCGAAGUCACCGACGCCGCGUUUGCGGUCCUGGCCAAGUUUUACGGGCUUCUGGCGGCGAGCAACCUGGUGGCGUGGAAGGACGUGGUCCCCUACGCCAUGCUGCCAUACAGCGAAAUCCGCUUCUGGACCAGCGCCAACACCACAUACCGCAACUUUGCAGCCCUCUUCCUCGCCAACGUCCUUGAGGCCUUCCCGCAGGUGCUGCCUGCUCUGCACACUGCGCUGCUGCACCUGUGGCUGCGUGCACUGCUUGACACCGAGAGGCGAGAGUCCGCCUACUGGCUCACCCUGGGUAUGUCACGCGUGGCGGGGGGUGUUGAAGAAUGCCCCGGGCCCGGCAAGCUUUUAGCGGUGGCGGGCAUCAGGGGACGAGAGCUGCAGAAGCUGCGCCACGACAAGAGCGGCGACAUGCGCGCAGAGCUCGUGCGCGGCGUCUUCAGCACCAUGGCUGUCUAUCAGAGGUGGCGCGAGCGCUUUUGGGAGCUGUUUGGUGACAUCGGCGAGGUGCUGUCAAAGCGCAUGGCCGAGGCGCGGCGGCCGCGCGAGCUGGCCGCAUGGCAGCAGGCGGCUGCCGGCAUCCUGCUCGGAGCCGUCUCCGGCGCCGGUCUUGGCCCCUGCCACUGCCGGCAGCCGCCGACCAGCUGCUCCUGCGGAGGAGCGGCACUGCUGACGGUGCUGGGCCACAUCAGCCGCUGGGCGGGCAGCGCCUCGAUGGAUCUGCAGCGCCGGUGGGCGGCAGAUGCACCGCACCUCGAGGGUCUUGAUCCCCCGCCGCCCAAAGAAACCCUCGAGGGGAAUGCGCGGUUGCGCCUUGAGACAAGGACAGUGUUCCGUCAUGUUCUCCCGCUGCUGCACCUCAUUGCAUCGCACUUCUUUGCCGUUCGGAGCCUUGCCCCGCCCACGCCUGCCUUGGAAGUGCUGCGCACUGUGCUCAUGUGCGCUGUCGAGGUGCCGGUUGGGGAUGAGAACAUCAACCCCGCGGAUGCAGCGCUAUACGAUGGCAUGGCAAAGGCGCUGGUCUGCGGGGGCGAUGCACAGCCGCCGGUGCCUGAUCUGACCGGGGAAUCCCAGGAUCCCAGUCAGCGCAUGCUGCACUACUUCAUCGGCACCCAGCUCAAGCGCCACCUUGAGAGGGCGUGCUUUGCAAGGGGCAGAAAUGCUGCGACGGAGAGGUGCGCGGUGAACACGCUGCGGCUGCUGUGCUCGUUGCUCAGCCGCCCGGCCAUCCGCGGCAGCGCAGCCGCCUUCCGCACCCUCCUGCCGCCCCUGCUGCGGCCCCUGUUGGACCUUCUGCGGCCCCCAGGGCUGGCGGUUGAGCCGUCUCUGGCAGCCAAGGAGGCUCUAUACGCGGUGCUAAUGGAGCUGCUGCGAGACAGCGCUGCAGUACUCGUUCCGCCUGUUCUGGCUCAUGGGGAUCCCCCGGCAGCCGCGUCAGCACGAGUCAUCAUUGGGCGGCAGGGGGGCCCGCUGCACCAGUGCCAGCCUCUCCCAGAGGACAAGUGGCAGGCGGCAAUGCAGCUGUUCUUCCAGGCGUUGUGCCGUGAUGUGCUGGCAUGUGUGGCCGGCGCCUCUGACACCGUCAACCUUGGCCAACUGCAGCAGCACAAUGGCCUCACACCCUUGGACCACCAGGCAAGUGCACCCUCCUGUUUUAACUCUUUAUCAAUAUUCAUAGGCACAAAGGGUGCAGAUGCCGUGCGCAACACGCUAUUUGUUCUGCUGGGGCAGCCGCGGCCGCAGGAUGCCACCAACCGCAUAUUCGAGUCCAAGCCGCCCUUUGAGGCACCCGACGACGGGCCUGACCUGUCACCCGGAGAGCGCCAGCCGCCGGCGCCGCAGCCGCCGCCGCGGUUCCGCCCCGGGGACUUCCGCUGGCGGCUGGCCGAGCGCGCCAUCGGCUUUCUGAGCGCGCUGGCCGCCUCCGGCGCGCACGGCGCCGGCUGGGCCGCGGCAUCCGCGCCGCCGCUGCGCGCUCUGCUAGCCGCCAACGCAAGCCUGCGCAGCAUGCUCAGCGCCGCCUACCAGGAGCUGCUGGCCGCACUGCAGGCAUCCGGGCAGGACACAGGCGCGCUGGCGCUGCCCAGCCGGGCAGCGGUCCCCCCGGCGAGGGCGGCGCUGGCGGGACCCCCCAGGGCGGGGGGCCCAGGAGCGCCACCUGGACUGCAGCAUGGUCAGGCAAUGCAGGAGAACUGGCCGCCUCCGUCGCACCAGAACGCAUCCGCGCCUGCGCCAGAAAUCAAGCGCGAGCCGCAGCCUGCCAAGGUGCUGACCACAAUGGCUGAGGUGCAAGCUGCCAUGUCGUCCUCUGCGCUGGUCACUGUGAGGAUGCAGCUGGCGUGCGCGCCCCGGCUUAUUACCAAGGGCGACAGCAGCAAAUUCCUGCUGCUAAAACUCACAGACGCCCUUGGCCCAGUUACCUCAACGCCCACCAGGGAAGGCGAUGCGGGGUCGCCAGAUGUGACCGUUUUCUGGACCCACAAUGCUGAGAGCCUCCACAGCGAGAUACAGGCGGCGCAUAGCAGGGGCGAUUGGCGCUGCACUGCCACCUUCACUGAUCUGGAGCGGAUCAAGAGUGUCAAAGCCGCUGGCCUCAAGUCCACCGACCUCAGCCGCGCCUCCUUUCAGGCCGCCCCAGCACCGAGCGCAUCGCAAGCACCUGUUGCAGCACCCGCUGCAGUUGGUAGCAAAUAUGUACCACAUAUAUUUACACGUGAACGAGACAAGGAUAUUGCUGACAAUGGCGACAAGCAGUGCUGGCGGGACAUGCGGCAUUGUUGCCACGGGAAGCUGAUGAUGGAGAUCUGCACCCAGUAUGAUCCGGCGGAGGUCGGCCGAGCGCGAGUGGAGGCAUUGCUGAGGCACCUGCAGGAGAUGGGCUUCGGCCUGGAGGCAGCGAGGGGAGCUCUGAGAACAGCCACGCACGAGGGACUGACGGAUCAGCGGGCGCUUGAGCGUGCGGCAGAGCUGCUGACCAGGGCAGGUUGA